AACUUUAAAUUGAGUUUAAACAAUAAAUUAAAACAGCAUUGACUAAUAAUGCAGAAUUGGAUUGGAGGAUGAAAUAUCAUUAAAGCGCGUUAUUAUUAUAUCACUGCCCUUGUGUCUGGAAAGUAGAUCGCAGCUUCAUUCGCAUUAUCAGUCUGCGCGCUGCGACCUCCGCUCAGCAUCCCCCGGCAAACCAAGGCUGACCUGGUUUUCAGAACUAGCAUCUCGCUUCCUCACUGUAUCCGAGCAUCAUCAUCUGCCUCCUGUGAGUGAUGUCGGACUAUAAUAGGCGACAGUGGAACCGGGAGGAUGAACUCCCUGUAUACCUGGCGAAACCCAUCUCGGCGGCGGGCAACCAGCGGCAGAAGUCGCACGGAAUGUUCAGCUCGGUGGAGGGCGCGUAUGACAGUAAAACUAUUGAUUUCGAGCCGUACGCCGUGGGAAGGAGCAGGACCUCGCGGAGCAGCAGCAGGGAGCGCAUUGUGGAUGGGGAUUUUGAAGCCUAUGAGAUUAGCGGGAGGUCCAUCAUCAGUUCCCCGCGCGAGAGAGGCGACGGGCGUCCGGGUGUCGAAUUCACGGAUCAGACCGAAAAGGAAUCUCUUCACGAGCAAAACAACGGGGAGAGUGAGCGGCUGCUGAUUAAAGGUGGACGAGUGGUUAAUGAUGAUCAGUCACUGUAUGCUGAUGUUUAUGUUGAAGAUGGAAUUAUUAAACAAGUUGGAGAGAACCUGAUUGUGCCGGGGGGAGUGAAAGUGAUUGAGGCAAAUGGCUGUAUGGUCAUCCCUGGAGGUAUUGAUGUGAACACCUGCCUGCAUAAGCCUUAUCUGGGCACCCCACCUGUGGAUGACUUCUACCAGGGCACCAAAGCUGCUCUGGCAGGCGGCACCACCAUGAUCAUUGAUCAUGUGACACCACAGCCUGGAGACGGUCUGUUGGAGGCCUUUGAGAAGUGGCAGGAAGCGGCGGAUAAGAAGUCCUGCUGUGAUUAUUCUCUACAUGUCGAUAUUCCACACUGGCAUGAAGGUGUGAAGGAGGAGCUGGAACAGCUGGUUCAGGAAAAAGGAAUCAACUCUUUCCAAGUGUACAUGGCUUACAAAGGGUUAUACCAAAUGCCUGACUCUCAGUUGUAUGAAGCGUUCUCUUACCUUAAGGAGCUUGGGGCAGUGGUUCUGGUGCAUGCAGAGAAUGGAGACCUGAUCGCACAGGAACAAAGCAAAAUCUUGGGAAUGGGCAUCAUUGGUCCGGAAGGCCACCCACUGAGCCGUCCAGAGGAGCUGGAGGCGGAGGCUGUUUUCCGGGCCAUCACCAUUGGCAACCGAGUCAACUGUCCUGUGUACAUCACCAAAGUGAUGAGUAAGAGUGCUGCGGAGACUGUGGCCAUUGCACGCAAGAAAGGCUCUGUUGUUUUCGGUGAGCCAAUCACAGCCAGCUUGGCAACAGACGGAUCUCACUAUUGGAGCAAAAACUGGGCAAAAGCAGCAGCGUAUGUGACCUCUCCACCCCUCAGCCCCGACCCGACCACACCAGAGCAUCUUCACUCGCUGCUGGCCUGUGGGGACCUGCAGGUUGUGGGCAGUGGACAUUGUGCAUACAGCACUUCUCAAAAGGCCAUAGGGAAGGACAACUUCACCCUUAUACCCGAGGGAACCAACGGAGUGGAGGAGAGAAUGGGGUUUGUUUGGGAUAAAGCUGUGGCCAUGGGGAAGAUGGAUGAAAACCAGUUUGUUGCAGUUACAAGUACAAACGCCGCCAAAAUCUUCAACCUGUACCCUCGUAAGGGGCGGAUAGCUGUGGGAUCUGAUGCUGACAUUGUUAUUUGGGACCCCGACAAGAUCAAGACCAUCACAGCUAAAUCACAGCAGUCGGCUCUGGAGUAUAACAUUUUUGAGGGCAUGGACUGUCGUGGUGGUCCGUUGCAUGUGGUCAGUCAGGGCAGGGUUGUGUUUGAGGAAGGGAAGCUUCAGGUUCAACAGGGAACAGGUCGUUUCAUCUCCCGCAAACCCUUCCCUGAUUAUGCCUACCAGCGGAUUAAAUACCGCAAUAAGAUAAUGAGCAUGCAGGGUGUUUCUCGUGGCAUGUAUGAUGGUCCAGUAUAUGAUGUCCCAGCUACACCCAAAUACAUAACUCCUGCCCCCUCCGCUAAGACCUCGCCCACUACACACCAGCCUCCACCAAUCAGAAACUUGCACCAGUCCAACUUCAGCCUAUCAGGGUCUCAAAUUGAUGACAACAUUCCUCGGCGCUCUGGCCACCGCAUUGUAGCUCCCCCUGGUGGUCGGUCCAAUAUUACCAGCCUUGGUUGAGCCUUCUGUAGCUCCCAAUGACUAUAAGUGUGUGUGUGUGUGCGUGUGUAUGCGUGUGUGUGUGUGAGAGAGAGAGGGUGUAUUAUUACAGUUCUAUCUGUUGACAAAUCAUCAGUAUUCUCCUUUCACAGGGUUAUGCUAUAAACAGGUUUGUUGUGCAACACGUGCAUGUUCAAAUAUCACUGUACCUUACCUGUGCAGCAGAUGUCCCAUCCACAGUGAAUAUCGUACAAACUAUUCUCACUGCUAAAGCAUCCCUAGAGAAAUACAUAUAGAUAGCUAGACAAUCACUAAAAAAAAUACUCUAUAAGAGCUUAGAAAAAGUAGCAUCUAAUCAGUGCUAAUAUAAUAACACAUUUUGAGCUAUUCAGCCCAUCAUUCUGCCGAUGUGACCCCAAGUGUUUGUGACGUUGUGUUAAAAAUGUCUAUUAUUUAAACCCUGUGAAACCUGGUUAUCCCAGAAAAUGGUGCUCCUCCUAUUGGAUGGCUUACAGAACUAAAGAUCAUUUGUAUUAGUGAUGAAGAGGUUAAAAGUGCUGUAUCGGUCUGAGAUCAGUUUUGGAAAAGAUGUAUUGCUAAUAAGUACAUUUUAAAACCAACUCUGCCUUAAAGUUGUGGUCACAUUAGAGAAGUUUUAGAUGUUAAACAGAUUUAUUUCAAAUGAACACUUAUCAAGAACCAAAUGUCAAAGUUGAUGAGCAUAUGAAAUGGUGUUACUUGCCAGCUGGCUGGUUUUAUUAAUUCUAACAAUUCCUAAGAAUGUGAGAUGAUUAUUAGAGUGUUAUUGUCAAAAUUGUUAAGACUGCAUCACACUUAAAGCAACCCAGACUCAUUCUGAAAACGUACCGCUAUAUACAUUUCUGGAGAGCGCCAAAUAUGUUCCAGGAGCUAUGUUUUUUUGCAGAUUUUGUUUUCACGAAUACACCAGAGGUCGCUAGUGCCAUUCGCACCUGCUGUUCUUGUGGAAAUCCACCAGAGGCUGCUGUCAACUGACUGACAGACUUACUAAAUGACUGACUGACUGAUCGACUGACCCACCCUCCUCCUUCCCUGAACCCAACCAACAGUGUUUUCAAAAGCACAGAUUGACCCGUACACCCACUUCCCUAAACCCAACGACAGUUUUAAAAAGCAAUCCAGAAAAACCCCUUGCCUAACUUUUUUACCACGUUUUUAGAUUUUACCACAUUCUCACCCUGUUAUUUACUUGUUCAUUUUAUUUUUGGCUUCUGUUUUUGUAUUACCCGCUUUCUGGAACCGUUCUUCAGACUCAAAUCCCGUUAUUGAGGUCAACUCCUCUCUGCAUCUCAAGUCCAUCGACGUACAUUGCAAACUAACUAGACAAACUGGUAACAGCAGGAAAGGCGUAAGCGCAAAAAGGAACUACACCACAUCACCCUGUAACAUUCAUUUUAAAGAUGAAAUGCAGCCAUACGUACCUCUGACAAUCCUGUGUCUGAGGUCUACAGCUUUGACAUGCACUGUCAACCCUGAGACCUUAUAUAGACAGGUGUACGCCUUUUUCAAAUCAUGUCCAAUCCGCUGAAUUUACCACAGGUGAACUCCAAUUAAGCUGCUGAAACAUCUCAAGAAUGAUCAAUGGAAACAGAAUGUACCUGAGCUCAAUUUAGAGCUUCACGGCAAAGGCUGUGAAUACUUGUGUACAUGUGAUUUUUCAGGUGUUUUAUAUUUAAUAAAUUUGCAACAAUUUCAAAAAAUCUUUUUUCACAUCGUCAUUAUGGGAUAUUGUGUGUAGAAUUUUGAGGAGAUAAACGAAUUUAAUGCAUUUUGGAAAAAGUGACGCACUAUAAAUACUUUCCGGAUGCACUAUAUUUCGCAGAGAAACAAAAUAUCGUUCAGCCCUAGCUCAUUCAUUUUCUUCAGCUCACCAAACACUUGCAUUGCUAUUGAAAUAUCUGAAAUUUGCUUAUGAAAUUUCUCUGAGCAUCUCGCAAUGUGACCACACCUUGUGCAAGCACUUUUACCUCUCAUGUUUCCUGUGCACUGAAAUGUCUUUAAUUCUGUGUUAUCGGUCUGUUCGUGGUGAAGAGUGGUGGUGGAUUGCAUGAUCUCACUUUUAGAUGUUGGUAUAUGAGCUUUUAACUCUUUAUACUUUGAAGGACGGUUUUAUUUUUCAUCUUAGCAAAUUUACAUCAUUUUUCAAGAACAUCACUUUUGUUACAUCACUUUUUAUUUUAAUUAAACUUACUACUUUAAUUAAAUAAGUCUGCAUGCCAGUUUAGCUCCAUAUAAGCUCUUCUUAGACCGUGUAGAUUUUGCUUAUUGCGAAAUCAGAUGAUGACUAUGGAGAAGACAGUACUCACAUUACCUCAGUGUCACAAAUGCAAAGAAAAACUAUAUGCAAACCAUGUCUGGAUGAGCAUUGAGCACAAGCGUUUAACUCUAUGCCUGUUUUUCCAUGUAUUGUGAGAUUUAUACAGUAUUGCUCCAUGUAAACGGCACUUAGCCCGGUCACUGUGUACGCUAAAAAGUCUUAAUAUUAUACUUCCACUGAAUAAAGAGAUAUUCCUUGUUUUGGACCAAUACAAGGCCACUUCCAAGCCUGCGGUAUUGCUUUCAUACCCUGUUGUGAUUUUGUAUUGCCUAUAUGGUAUUUAUAGUGUUCAUGAUUGAUGCCAUUUUAGAUUCUGUAGGCUAAUGUCCACCAAUGCACUGACUGUUGACAAAUAACUUCACUUUGCUAUGGUGAAAUAAAGUCUGGAAAAUAAAUAAAUG